CAUCUUCCUGAUAAUUUCAAACUAUAGUCUUUCGUUAAAAAUGCAAUUCACCACCGUCGCUUUAUUGUUCACCGCCGUUGUUUCUGCUACAACUGUCACUGAAACCGACCUCAGUUCCACUUUGGUUACCAUCACCUCUUGUGGAACUGAAGUCACCGACUGUCCAGCUGCUACUUCUUCUGCUGCCAACACCACUGUUGCUAACGUUUCCACCUGGGAGGGUGCUGCCAACAGACAAUACGCUGUUGGAGCUGCUGCUUUGGCUGCCGGUGCUUUAUUAGCUUUAUAAGUCUAAAGGCUUUGGGUUAAUGGGUUCUUAUAUAGUGUAGAUUUGGGUUAAUACAAACAGCUAAAUAUUUACCUGGC